AUGUUUGAGAUGGACAGCUCCUAUAAAAUUAACAAGGCAAAACUUUUGAGAGAUGUAAGAAUUCUCAGAACUGCAUUGGAUGGUAAAAUUCACGAUGUUACGGCUAAUGACGCUGAACAACUAAGAAUUCUGCUAAAAAAAUGCAAAAGAGAUAUGAAUGGUGAAGUAAAUGCCCCAUUUUCAAGCGAUGAGGAGAUGGAAAGCAAUUUUGACAAUUUAUACACCAAUAACAACGCCCAACUAUCUUUAUUUUGUUUUACCAAAGCCGGUAUCUCAAAUAUCCAAUUAUCCACUCCGCAACAGUGA